AUGGCCGCACAGCAGCAGCAGCAGCAGCAGCAGCAGCAGCAGAAGCUGCGCAUUGGCUACGUGCCGGCGUGCGCUAACGAACGGGUGCGGCCCGCCGCCCGCGCAGAGCACUUCUCGACGCCGCUGCACUUUGCGCGCAAGCACUUUGGGCUGCGCGCCGAGCUCGUGCCCUUUCCGUCCGGCACCGGGCAUAUGAUCCAGGCGCUGCAGGGCGCGGAGCUGGAUGUCGGCAUUGGCUUGACUGAGGGGUGGGUUGCGGGCAUUGGCAAGGCGAUUAAAGAGCAUGGCAGCGCUGAGAAGGCCGGGUAUAAGCUCGUGGGGACGUAUGUUGAGACGCCGCUGUGUUGGGCUAUAAGCACUGGGGUCAAGCGCGACGAUAUCGCUGGUGUGGAGGCGCUGAAAGGGAAGAAGAUUGGCGUGAGUAGGAUUGGGAGUGGAUCCUACGUGAUGGGCUUCGUGCUGGCGGACCAGCACGGCUGGCUAGCCAAGGCAGGCGAGGCGCCAUUCGAAGUCGUGCCGCUCAACACCUUUGCCAAGCUGCGCGAAGGCGUCAACGGCACCGACGCCGACUUCUUCAUGUGGGAGCACUUCACCUCCAAGCGCUACUACGACAACGGAGAAAUCAAGCGCAUUGGUGAAAUUUACACGCCCUGGCCGAGCUGGCACAUCGUCGCUCGAGACCCGCUGGACACCAGAAUGCAACCCAUGAGCGAUGCCAUCAACCAGGGCAUUUUGUGGUACACCGAGCAUCAGGAUGAGGCAAUUGAGUACAUCUCAACCGAAUUGGAUUAUUCGGCUGAGGAUGCGAAGGAGUGGACCAAAACGGUGAGAUUUGCUGGAAACGUCCGCGGUGUUGACCCGGCCGUCGUGGAGAAGACGAUUGAUAUUCUUGGUAAGGCUGGUGUACUUGACGCGAGCAAGUGUGGCGUGGAGGAUAUGGUGGCCAUUAAGCGGGAGGAGCGCGCGAGAAAGUAA